AUGGCACCAAUAGAUUCUACUAAAAAAGUCAUUGAAGAUUUUAUUGAAAUAUAUAAAACGCAUCCAUGCCUUUGGCAAGUCAAAAACAAAGAGUACCGUGAUCGAGACAAAAAAGAAGCUGCUUAUAAAUUGCUCGUAGAAAAAUUCAGAGAAAUUGAGCCGGAUGCGAACAAAUCAGAAGUUGCGCGAAAAAUUAGUAAUUUGAGAAGCAAUGUCAGAAAGGAAAAGAAGAAAUAUGAACAAUCUGUAAAGUCUGGGGCAUCUGCUGAUGAAACUAACGGAGGUUGGUCUAUUUGUAAACUUCCUGACAAAUUUGGCAUUGGUAAAACGCAAGUGGCCGAAGUUUUAAAGAAUAAAGAAGAUAUUUUACGUCGAUACAACAAAAAUUCCACAAACGAAAAAUCUCGCAAAUUCCAGAGGAACGGGCCAGGUGAAUUGAUUGAUAAAAUUGUUUUAGAGUGGUUUAACCGUGUAAGAAAUAAAAAUGUGCCUGUAUCUGGACCAAUCAUUCAAGCAAAAGCUUUAGAAGUUGCCCGUGAAAUCGAGCGUGAUGAUUUCAAAGCUUCCAAUGGCUGGUUAGAGAGCUUCAAGGUAAGGCAUAAUAUAGUUUUUAAAUCGAUUUGCGGAGAAUCAGCUUCUACAAAUCUAACAAUUGUUAAUGAAUGGAAAUCGAAAAUUUCGGAAAUAGUGACAGGGUAUGAGCCACAAAACAUAUUCAAUGCUAAUGAUACUGGUCUGUUUUACCGAGCAUUACCAGACACGUUUUCUUACAAAGGGGAAUCACGCUCUGGUGGAAAAAUAGCUAAGGAACGUUUAACUGUUCUUCUAUGUGUCAGUAUGUCCGGAGAAAAACUUAAACCACUCGUCAUUGGAAAAUCUGUCAAACCAAGGUGUUUUAAAGGAAUUGAUGUUAGUAAACUGGCAGUAGAAUGGAAGGCGAAUAGUAAAGCAUGGAUGACUACUCAUAUAAUGACAGACUGGCUUCAACGACUCGAUCAGCAAAUAAAAACUCAAAACAGAAAAAUUUUAUUGUUUCUUGACAAUGCGACAUCACAUGCACAUCUGUCUUUGGACAACGUAACACUUAUUUUUUUUCCUCCAAAUAUAACAUCAACUUCUCAACCUUUAGACCAAGGAAUAAUAAAAAAUGUCAAAGUUUUUUACCGCAAGUUCGCACUAUAA